AUGGAGACCCUGCUCAGUAUCCCAUCUCGGAGUGGAGACGCUGAGUCCCUCCACUUUCUGCUCAGCACCCCUCCCCCGGGUGCGGACCCCUCGUCUCUCCAGAUCCAGCUCAUCAUCUCGCCCAAGAGCCAGGACCUUGCUCACCAUCCUACCCCGGGCCAGGACAUCCUGCAUUCUUUCAGACCCCGCUCAGCAUCCUUCCUCGGAGCGAGGACCCUGUUCAUCAUCCUAACUGGGGACGGCGAGCGCUGCGUUCGGCCCGCGGGCAACGCCUCCUUCAGCAAGAGGGUGCAGAAGAGCAUCUCACAGAAGAAACUCAAGCUGGACAUCGACAAGAGCGUAAGGCACCUGUACAUCUGUGACUUCCACAAAAAUUUCAUCCAGAGCGUCCGAAAUAAAAGGAAGAGGAAGACGAGUGACGAUGGUGGAGACUCCCCUGAGCAUGACGCUGACACUCCUGAGGUUGACCUGUUCCAGCUGCAGGUGAACACUCUCCGACGCUACAAACGGCACUACAAGCUGCAGACCAGACCAGGCUUCAACAAGGCCCAGCUAGCAGAAACUGUGAGCCGACACUUCAGGAACAUACCGGUGAAUGAGAAAGAGACGCUUGCCUACUUCAUCUACAUGGUGAAGAGUAACAGGAGCAGACUGGACCAGAAAUCGGAGGGCAGCAAGCAGCUGGAGUGAGGCGCAGGUGGCCGGGUAGGCAGAGGCCUUGGUGAGAGAACAGCAGUGCGAUGCUUGAUGACAGGUGGUGUCUGCACAUCUCAGCCCAUAAGGACUGUUCACAUCUACUGUAAAUAAAGUUUGAAUGAUGGAUACUGUAAA